AUGAUUAUGACUAUAGACACCGUCAAAGCUCUGCGGAGUUCCACAAUAGUACUGGCGAUCGUAUUCGUCGUGUCUUCCGCAUCUCAUUCUAGGAUUGGAUUCGAUAAAUAUCAUAACCACAAACAGAUGACAAAUUAUUUGAUGCAAAUAACCGACGAGUUCCCCAACAUCUCGUCGUUGUACUCGAUCGGCAAGUCGGUUUUAAAACGUGAACUGUGGGUUGUCAAGUUGACUACUGCAAACGAACUUUUGGGUGUGCCAAACAUCAAAAUUGUCGGCAACAUACACGGUAAUGAGCCCGUGGGAAGAGAAAUCAUUUUACAUCUGAUUCAAUAUUUAUUGGAUAACAAUUCAAAAAACAAAGCGAUUAACAAUUUGUUGCGAACUACCGUCAUCCACUUGUUGCCGAGCAUGAAUCCCGACGGAUUCGAAAUGUCCGCACCUCAGCCUUGUCCUAACGAUGGAAUGCAGAGCUUGGGUUCUAGAGGAAACGCUUACACUUUUGAUUUGAAUCGAAAUUUUCCGGACAUGUUCAAUCCGCACACAGUGCCACUUCAACCCGAGACCAAAGCAAUGAUAGAGUGGUUAAAAUCCGUGCCGUUCGUCAUGUCUCUAGGCUUACACGGUGGUGCUUUGGUGGCUAAUUUCCCUUACGAUGGCUCAUUGGAUUCGGUGUCUAGAAAGCUGCAGAAAUUAAACGAAACAUUACAAAUUGACGAUGUAUUUGAACUCUACAAAAUAUUAGUAAACGAAUCUAGUUAUAACCAGAAUAUCAAUAUGGAGAGUUUAACACCAGACGAUGAUGUGUUUCGGUUUUUGGCGAAACAAUAUGCCGAUUUGCACCCCACCAUGCAUAACGGUCUAAGUUGUGAAGAUAACUAUAGUUUAAAAUUCAAAGACGGCAUAACGAAUGGAGCUGCUUGGUAUCAAGUAAUAGGAAGCAUGCAAGAUUACAAUUACGCAUGGCACGGGUGUAUGGAAAUCACUUUGGAAAUGUCUUGUUGCAAGUACCCACCUGCUUCAUUUUUGGAAUCUCACUGGAAAGAUCAUUUAAAGCCACUUUUGACAUGGAUGCAACAAGCGCAUAGAGGCGUUAAAGGUUUGGUCACCAACCAAAUAACCGGUAAACCCAUACCAAACGCCACAGUUAGCCUUACGGACCGUGAAAACUAUAUAAGCACUACCGUGAACGGAGAAUACUGGAAAGUACUACUUCCUGGUGUAUACAAGUUACGUGUGAACGCGAUCGGAUUCGACGAGAAAAUCGUCCGAGUAAAGGUGCCGGAGGAGAGCGAGGAUGAAGAGGAAGGACCUCGGCCGCAAUUGGUGAACUUCCAGUUGGAACCGACGAAGACGAAGAUAGCCAACAGUGGCAGCAGCAGCACCGUAAGUGACAGUGACCACUACAACACGUAUUGGGUGUCGGACAGCGACCUACACGGCGCGACGGAUCGGGGGAUGGAGGCCGAUACGGAUGUCGUACUUAUCGACUCGGAUCGGCCUUUGGCUGCCGUACAAAAGUCGUCCGUCGACAAGCGCUUGUGGUUGGUGGUGGAAGGUAAGGAGAAGGAGGACGAAGGCGAUGACGGCUACAACGGUCGCAGUGGUAACCGAUACGACGACGUCAAUCGGCUACAGUCGAUGCGACCGCCGCUGCCCGUUCAGUCAUCGUCCGCCCGUCCCGGUAACCACUCUCCAUCUGGCGUAACCAGAGCGGUACAAAUUCUGUGCCUAUUGCCGUUCUCGUAUUAUGUCGCCCACAUACUCUCGUGA